AUGACAGAACGUAACGAUGGGCAAAAGCGCCAACGCCUGGAUCGGGCUAGUCAGGAGAACCUCAGCCCUACAACAUCUUCUGGACGUUCAACUGAGCAAGCGCUGAAGCCGGACACACCGGCCAUCAACUCGGUGCGCUCCCGGGUGCAGCAGCUCACCCAGAGACGAGAAGGAGGACCUGUCCUGGCCCAGAGGUGUCUGUCAGAUCCCGGGGCUGACAACCUGUCCAUAAUUCUGCACAACAAAGGCCUCACCGAACAUCUCCUAGGGGAAGAUGAGUUCCAUCAGCGCAUGGAGCGGUUCAAAGCCACCAUCUUUCAGUCUAGCCCAAGCCUGGUCCCUUCAAGUUCCCGCACCUACUCGGAUUUAGUCUCUGGCAUCCAACAGAAACUCCAGGGCAGCCUAACCCCCAGCUCCAAGCAGGCAGUCUUAGUACGACAGGAGCGAGAGAAAGAGCUGCGCCUGUUAAAUAUUCAACCCAUCAGCGAAAACGCCUGGCUGAAAAGAAGCUCAUCCGAUCCAACAAUAUCUGAGCAGGGAGAUAACUCGGCAGAUGGCAGUUUCACUGAAUCUCUUGUUCCUAAAUCAGAGAAGCCAAAGGAGAAAACCACAGGUGAUAAGGAACAAUGUGACACUCUUACGGCUGCCACUCGUGUAGAGAUUGAGAACUGCAGUGAAUAUGAAGAGAAGAACAUGUGUAGGGAGCCAGACUCCCCUAAAGUCGAAAGAGACGACAAAGAGAAGGAAGAAGAUGGUUCCGUGAGGGAGGAGAAGGUCAUAGGGUCUCCUGUUCAGCCCUGUGAGCUAUUCAUUGAUGAAGAUCAGAGUGUUUUAGAGUCGCCCCCUGCCAAGGAGAUGAGCGGGCAGACCCGCGAGUCACCUGUACCGAUCGAAGAGGGAGCGUCCGAGGCUCUGUUGUUGGAGGGAGAGGAAGAGUGCCGUGGCUCCUCCCAUGGCGAAGAGGACAUGGAGCCUUCCACGGACGAAGAACAGCGGCUGUGGCAUUACCCUCAGGGCGGGGACGAUGGGGAGCGGGAGGCCACCGUAGAAGCCUUGGGAGAACCUGAGGGGGAAUCCUGGCCUGCAGGUGAGGAGCAGGAGAAAAGCGGGGGUCAAGGUGCACAGCAAGACGUCCAGGACAGAGAUGAUGGCCAUGCCCUUGCAUUGGUUUCGAGGGGUUCUGAAAGUCUGGAACCUGAGGAAGCCAUCAUAAUGGAUGAACGCAUCGAGUCAGAAGUCAGCCUUUUGGUUGAAUCCCUUCCAACUGAAAAGGCCAUCAGGCAUUCUAACCGAGAAGCCUGUAAUACGGAUCCAAUGCCGACCGUAGACACGUUGGCUCAAACGGACACGGGGAAAUUAGAAGAAACCUACGUGGAAUUUAAGGGACCAGCAGAACCGAGCAUUCUGGAGCAAACGGAGCCGUGUGGCAGAGGGAGGGAACAUCAAGCUAUGACGGACAACGACCCUGCGCACAACCCUGGAGCAAUGGACGACAUGGCUCCAAUGAACCGGUGUGAUCCCACGCACUCCCACCCAGACAAAGCAGCUCAGCCUGCGUCAGAGGACCCAGUAGAAGAGAUGGAAGGACUGGAGCCAGCGCCCGCUGACGGAGGACCCUGUGCUCCAGACGGGCCAAACAACGACAGCCAGGCGGAGGCGGCCCCGCUGACAGGCGGGAGAGGCAUUCAGAAGAAAGUCACCUUCAUCAUGGAGCCUGAGCUUAUCAAUGAUUCACUCCUAUCGGAGGCAAACACUUCCUGUGAGUCCCAAGCCGAGAGUAGCUUUUCAGGAGAGCUGAGCUCCCAUGACGAGACCAACACGGCGGAGAUGAUUGACCAGAUGUUCGAGGAGGUGCUGGAGUACGCCGGACGCAUGGAGGAAGAGCGGCGGGACAACGAGGACACAGAAGACCGUGACAGCGGCAUCGGGAACUACAGUGGGGACAAGAGCAAGAUGGACACCGAGUCCGAGAAGGAGAGGAGUGAGGAAGAGGAGGGGGAGCAGCCCGAGAAGAAGAGCUUGGAGAGAGGGGGAGAGAACGAGGCGCUGGAGACCAGUGAGGACGAGUUGCUGACCUUCCCUCCCAGUGGCAUCCUGUCUCCCCUCAGCAAGUCAGUAGAGGCUGUGGUCACUCCUCUGCGUCUGGCAGUGUCCACUCCCCCGUCUCUGCUCUUGACUCCAGAAGGAGAGCCAUUCACAGCCCCUGCAGUGGAGUCUGCUCCCUUAUACAGCAUUGAUGCCUACCGCACACAAAGGCAGAGCAUGCUGCCUGCCAUUCAAAGUGUGACUCCUGCAGUUCAGAGGCGGGCCCCAGAGAAAUCCCGCCCUCCACCUUCUAUCAACACUAAAGAAAAGAUUGUGGCCCUCACCGAGGAGGCUGGGAAGCUGCAGACGGUGAUCUCCCAGACCCUGCAGGCGCUGGGCUGCUGCACCGAUGAAACCCACGGCCGGGGUUCACUGGAGGAGGCCGAGGCGGAGAAGCUCCUGCUGGUCUCCUGUGAGAAGCGUGCAGCUCUGCUGGCGGAGGUGACCAGGCUGAGGGAUGAGAGGGGUUCAGCCUCUGAGGAGCCGGCCGGAGCUGAUGGGGACUACAUCUCCCAGCAGCCCUGCAGAGGGACUGUCAAUAUCGGCAAUGUCCAGCUGCCUCUCAAAGUGGAGUUUGUCUGCUCCUCUCGUAACCGCCAAGGUCGCCCUGGUCACUACUUCUUCAUUCUGAUUCGCUACGGCCCCUGCAACAUCGUGGCCACUCCCUUGGCCACAGCUGCCGACGCCAAAAACGGAGACACGAUCUCGUUCCCCACCUCUGUCACUUUAAAGGACAUUCGCUCCAACUUUGAGAUUGACGUGGAAGUGUAUAGCCUGUCCCACGCAUCAGGGAGCACCUGCACUGUGGAUCGCAUCUCCACCAGACGCUGGGUCCAAGUCCCAAGGAAUCUCCUGAGUACAAUCACUCAUCGGUCCAAUAACAGUUUGACAGCUUCCACACUGCCUGCCCUGAACACACGCCGCUCCAGUAGCUUCUGCCUGGUGGGCUCCCAUAAGAUCACUCUGUCCUCGCUGGGACAGACCAAGUUCCCUCUGGAUAAGGUUCCCUUCCUGUCUCCUCUGGAGGGCAACAUCUACCUGCGCCUGGACAGCGAGGGCCACUCCAGCGUGCAGCACCAGGGCUUCCUGACCAUGUUUGAGGUGGUGAAUGGAUUUGGGGCGUGGCACCGGCGCUUCUUCACACUGGAGGGCUCCCACAUGUUUUACUGGAACCACCCCAAUGACAAGGAGGCCAAGGCAGCAGAGGGCACCAUUUCUCUGGCUAGUUCGCCCAGCCUGUGUGUGAAGCCUGUGAAGAGGGACUCCUGUGCUCGACCUUUCACCUUUGAGCUUGUCAGCAACCUCCAAACACAGCUGAGGAAUGAGGCCAAGGAGACCGUAGCAAAGCGCUGGUUCUCCUCAGACACCAAGCAGGAGCGCUGCGACUGGAUGGACAAACUCAACCAGGUGCUGCUGGACCUGCACACGUGGACCCCCACACAGGCCCACAGCCAGCCCCAGGAGGCCUCCAGCAGCAGCAGCAGCCUGAGGGAGAGCCUGCUCUAACCCUGCCCUGGGGGGGGUGGGGGGGGGGGGCGCCUGGCCGACAGCACAUCAAUCAAUUAUCAGUCCGUUGGAGCCGGGGUGCGUGAGGGGUGAGCAGGAGUGGGUCCUGCCACAGCCGUUGGCAGUAGAAAAGAGAAUAAGACCUUUUUCUUCACUGCUAAUUUUGCUGCUAAAAUCAAAGUAGAUUAGCUCUAAUCUUGUGUAUUCUUGUUCAUAUCAGAAUUCUUAGAGAAACAAAUUUGUAUUUUUGAGUCGAGGCCUAAGGGAUCCAUUAUUACCUUCGAUUGUCACUUGCCAGUUGGACAUUGUUCUAUUGGGAUGGUGUCCAUUGGUGUUGGCUCUUAUGGGUGCAGGGGAGGAAAUCAAUUAUUUUGGCAAUAAUCUCUCCUGCUAUUAUUGAUCAACUAUUAUUGUUCAAUUACCAUUUUGAGAUGAAGCCUUCUGAUAUGGGCUAAUAUAUUUGAAGUACAAAAGACACAUUUUCAGAUGUGCAUAUUUUUGUUUGACUAUAACUGGAAACAACAUUAAAAAAAAAGUAGAACACUGCUGCAAUCCUUGACACUAAUAGAAGUCAGAAGAAUAUAUAAUGAAUGUAUAAUAAAGGCAUGGGUUACACAUGCUAGUGUUGGACCGAGUGCCGUUUUGGGUGAGACCGAUGAAUGCGCCCUGACGCAGCCGAGUGUGUUUGGUGGCAUGACACGGGAGAGUACUCUUGGAUUGACAACUCCAUUGAAAAAAUUUUGUGGUAGCCUUAUUUGGGGUUGAAUUGGCUUCAAAUGCUAAAGGUUGGUUAAAAUCGUAGGUUUUGUGUUGCACAAUGGCCAGCCCAUCCUUAUACAGUAGAGAGUCAGGGUUUGGUAUGGCAAAAUAUAUGCGGAAACAGAUUUGGGGUGCUGAAGGGUCAAUGGAGAAUGUGUUGCACUGUACGUUAUCUCUUGUACUAUCCAAUUUAAUUUUCUGCUCUUUUCGCUCUAUGUAUCAUUAUUUUUCUAUGUAUACUCCUGUCGCUCUGUUCGUAUGAUCCAUUAAUCUUUCCUCAAUUCUAUUUACCGUUCUAUGCACCAAUAAAAAAAAUUAAAAAAGCCUGAAAAGAGCCGUCCGUCUUUCUGCAGAUCUUAAUGUAGGAUAUUGGCAUCGCAAAGUCUUGAGGACUUGAAUGACAACGCCUCCCGAAGCCUGGGAAGUUGUCGUGUUCUUGGUUGAGUCCCUCAUGCCCUCGUGAUUAUUCAGGCUUAUGGACUGGACAGUCUUGAAGGAUUACUGUGUUCUGUGGAAACGCCUUCAUGAGGUCAAAUCUUUCCAUCUCUUCACAUUAAAUAAAUCUGAAAU